ACUACCACUAUUUUGCAUAUGUGAACAUAAUUUAUAGGUUUAUGGCGGCGGUGUUGUUUCUUUGUUUUUGGUUUCACUUGUUGGUUUAAAUGUUGCCCCAAGGAGAAAGAACUUGCUUUAGUACAUUUGUCUAUGGCCUGCCUGUUUUACUAGCUAUAUUGCCCGCAGCGACAAGCAAUGGGCUCUCAGCAGCAAAGAUCGAGAACGUUACUAUUCAUAAACAAGCUCGCGUUGGGUUAAUUUACUAUAAUGUUCCAAUCGAAUGGCAGUUUACACCUUUCAACCAGAGUCGUGUGCCAUCUUUUCAAAUAUGGCUAACAAGCGACGACAAGGAUUUUGGAAACAAGAGGACAAUUGACUCUUCGACACCCGGUGGGAACAUGUUCAAAUACAUAUUCCUACGCCUUCCACCAGACAAGAAUUAUACUGCUCAUAUCGAGUGCUACUCGUCGACGAAAAAUUUGAUAUCUUACGCGAACAUCACGUUUGGGGUAAAGCGAGAAAUCCUGACUGAAGAAGGCGUGAUGUCAACAAAUAUCUGCGCUGCAGAUGGGUAUUUGUUCAUCCAUUGGGCAGUACCAGAGGAUUUGCGGUAUUCCUCUACACCUGUUUCAUUCGAUAUGACAGUUUGUAAUACGAAUUCGACUCCACAAGCAUGUACAAAUGGAGUAGCAUUCAGUUAUAUGAAGAAAACUGGAAAAAAUAUGUUACUGGAGAACAUUCAGAUGUAG